GACUCUUUCUGUUUGUGUCGCUCGGAUCAGCAGGCGCUGAAGAAGAAAAAAAUAGAGGUUGGAAUCGGAAUUCCGUCUAGUUUUUUCCGUCUCUGCAAUCCAGGUGGCCGCGAGUGCAUUGUGUCGUUACCGGUUCCCGUGAGGUCUCUGCAGUUGCGGUACGAAAUGGCGUCGGAAGUGAUCGAUUUGAUUAGUGACGGAGACCAGGAUCAGGAGGAGGUUAUCGUCAUAGACGAUAGUCCCAAGACCAGUUGUUCCGAAGAUUCACCCGUAAAGCAGGAGGAAGUGCCUGCAGCGGCGGACGAGGCACCGAUUCUGGUCGUGGACAUGGACAUUGACGAAGUUAUUCCGAUUAGCAAUCAAACUCUCGCCGAGGAGAAGAAGAACACUGGCAAUGAACUGUACAAGAUCAAACGGUACGAUGCGGCGCUCAACUCGUACUCGGAAGCGAUCAACCUCUGCCCGGACGUUCCGGCCUACUACGGAAACCGGGCGGCCACCUACAUGAUGCUCAGCGACUACCGGUCCGCGAUCCGCGACGCCAAGCAGGCCAUCCAGCUGGAUCCACAGUUCGAGAAGGGCUACAUCCGGAUCGCCAAAUGCUCGCUGCUGUUGGGCGACCUGAUCGCUACCGAGCAGGCCAUCAAGAAGUUCAUCGAGCUGGACCCGGCCAACCAGGCCCUCCGGCCGGAGCUGCUCGGUCUGAAGCAGCUGCGCGAGCUGAACGAGAAGGCAGCCUCUUGCUACGACAAAAAGGACUACCGGACGUGUUUGUACCACUGUGAUAACGCCAUCAAGAUCGCCCCCGCCAGCAUACACUACAAGCUGCUGAAGGCCGAGUGUUUGGCCAUGCUGGAACGGUUCGAUGAGGCCGGCGACAUCGCGAUCAGCAUUAUGCAGAGUAAUUCGACCAACGCGGAUGCCAUCUACGUGCGCGGUCUGACACUCUACUACAGUGAUAACCUGGACAAGGGUCUGCUUCACUUUGAGCGAGCCCUUCAGCUGGAUCCCGACCACAAAAAGGCCAAGGAGAUGCGGGUGAAGGCCAAACAGCUGAAGGAGCGCAAAGAGAAGGGCAACGAGAUGUUCAAGGGAGGCAAAUUCCGGGAAGCCCACGCAGUGUACUCAGAGGCCCUUGCCCUUGAUCCGCUGAACAAGGACAUCAACAGCAAACUGUACUACAACCGCGCACUGGUCAACUCGAGAUUGGGCAACAUUCGCGAUGCGAUCACCGACUGUACGUGCGCGUUGGAAAUUAACGACAAGUACAUGAAGCCGCUGUUGCAGCGCGCCAAGUUGCACUACAGUUUGGAGAACUUUGAAGAGUCCGUCAAGGACUACGAAAAAGCACUCAAGUACGAGAAAACCAUGGAGAUCAAAAACCUGCUAAAGGACGCAAAACUGCAGUUGAAAAAGUCAAAGCGUAAGGAUUACUACAAGAUCCUGGGCGUGCCCAAGAGUGCCACCGAGGACGAGAUCAAGAAGGCGUACCGCAAGCGAGCGCUGGUCCACCAUCCCGAUCGUCACGCAAACGCCACCGAGGCGGAAAAGAAGGAACAGGAGAAGAAGUUCAAGGAGGUCGGCGAAGCGUACACGGUUCUGUCGGAUGCCAACAAGAAGUCACGCUACGACAACGGAUGCGACAUUGAGGAUCUGGAGCAGUCGGGCGACAUUGACCCGCAGCAGAUGUUCCGCCAGUUCUUCCAGUUCCAGGGCGCGGACGGCGGUUUUGGCGGUGGCUUUGGAGGCGCCGGCGGCUGUGGCGGUGGAGGCGGCGGCAACAACUUUACAUUCCGCUUCGGUUAAGCAUGAGAGCAUGGAACACACGCGCGAGAGGCACUCCCACGUCACACACACACACCCCAGCUAUGGAGCAGUAUAAUUCAGCAAGCAAAACAAAACAAAACAAAAACAUACUGAGCGUUAGCAAACAAAAAUGGUCGCGGCGACAGAAACGUCGUCGCGCAUCAAAUGUUUUAUUUUGGAACAUGGACGGUAAGGAAACGGGCAAGACUUAAAACCUGUGGAAUGGUAUAAAUGAGAAACAGGAUUUUUCAGAUUUUUUUAGUUUUUUUUUACGUGAGUCUUUAUUUUUACAAUCCCAAUGCCAAUCGCUGAGAUAAAACUAAACUCAACUUGAUCAAGAUGUUUGUGUAAAAAACAGUGCUUACACUUUUUCAAUAUAAAAUCAACCUCUAAAAAAAUGUAUUUGUCACAUCAGAUAAGCAAAAAAAUAAAACAAAAUAAACAUAAUAAAGAUAAACAAAAUUGUUAUAGUAAUGGAAAGUGUAGAUUCCUAUGUCAAAGAAUAGUAACAUUCUCAAACUACUUAAACAUUACUGUCGAUUUGAAAAAUAAAAAAAGGGGCAAACAGUUUACAAGCAGCAGGAAA